AUGGUAAGGGCUAUCGUUUUUUUGCUACUGUGUCUUCAGUUGCACCUCUUCCUGCAGGUUGCCUCUGCGGAGACCAGCUAUACCACGGCUGGGCUGCCGCGUGAAAAGCCCCAUGGCCCAGGUUGGGGAUACGCCAACCUGUCUGCGUGGCCAAGGUUGUGCCGAACAGGCAAACAGCAGAGCCCUGUCUCUUUCUCCGAGCUCAAACCGCAUGAAGUGGUCUACCUUAAGGGCGCCGAACCGCUUAUCUUCUCACGCGGAUGCACGUUUGCGGCAGAGAAAACAACGCUUAAAAUUUUAAACGAAGUUAAUACUAUAUCUGUGCGCUUGGUUCCCCUUAAUGACCCGCGUGAUGAGGUCCCAGGCCCCUGCACUGUCCUCGACCCCAUAGCCCCGGAUUUGCCUGAAUACCACCUUGUGUCAAUGCAUUUCCACUCACCCGCGGAACACGUCUUUCCACGCGCGGCCCCAGACGCGGAGCUGCACCUCGUAUUUGCUCAGGCGCAACCAUCGAAACUGGGGCGUCUUAUGGUAGUUGCGGUGCAGCUUCUUGCAUCGGACAGAACAAACACCACCUCGGUGGCAGAACUGCGCCACAUCCUACUUGAUGGCCCACUUCCCCCGAAGAACGCCUUUACGACAUGUACUUUGGAGAAAGAUCUCGCAGUUGAGGGACUACUACCACGACGCAGAAGUUUUCUCGCCUACACUGGAUCACUGACUACACCCCCGUGUACUGAGGGGGUUCGCUUUAUUGUCUUGACUUCCCCGCAGCUUAUGCCAAGGGAAGCAUUGGAGAUGCUCAACCUGGCCUUGAUGCGGGCUCGCUCAGGGAAUCACGACGGUAAUCGCAGACCAACACAGCCGCUGAAUGGGCGCGUGGUGUACCGCUACGUUGAUAGGAGUCACGUGCACAUGUCCAAGGGAGACAUGAAGGAUUACUUCCCGUACGGGUUUUCAGAUGCAGGAGUGUGGGGUAGUAUAAAUUUAACGACAGCAGCAACAUCCGAUGGGGUCGCCAGCUCACACCUCACUGCUCCUGGAGCCAACAACGCGUACGAAUCACGGGGAAAAUUUCAUGCAUGGCCCCGUUCAUUGCAACAAAAUGAAAAAACAAUCAUUAUCGCUGCUGCACUUCUCCUUUUUCUCGUAGCAGUUAUCUUGUACUGCUGGCGAAAUAUUAAGUUCAGUGCCGGGGUCGGGGAGAACGAGGUGGAAUCGCUGCUGCGCGUGCCAAGCGGAUACGGAACGAAUCGUUAG